AUGGCUCAUCAAAAAGCGUUUGUUCAAACUCAGGAUAUAAAUCGACGCGCGAAAUCAAAGCGCUUACAAGAAGCUGAACUGGAGAAGGCGAAAUUUGCUCAGGCCACUUCACUAGCCGCAGCAGCUGUGGUGAAUAUGCAAAACGACCCAUCCGAGUCCUUUCUAGCCUUCAGGUACCCGACACACUGGUGA